GCCUAAAAUUUUUCACGCAGUCGAAACCCUAGUUUUCACUCUCUGUGAGGUUCGUGCAAUGGCCGCCGCCGCUCGCCCGCUGGUCACCGUGCAUGGCCUGGAGAACGACAUGGUUACGGACGGUGGUGCCGCUGCCAAUUCGGUGCCUCUUCCUGAUGUCAUGAAGGCGUCCAUUCGCCCUGAUAUUGUCACGUUUGUUCACGGCCAGAUUUCGAACAAUGCGCGACAGCCUUACGCCGUCUCGAAACGCGCCGGACACCAGACUUCUGCGGAAUCGUGGGGUACUGGUAGGGCUGUUUCUCGUAUCCCCCGUGUACCUGGUGGCGGAACGCACCGUGCGGGGCAGGGAGCUUUCGGGAAUAUGUGUCGCGGUGGUAGGAUGUUUGCUCCUACUAAGAUAUGGCGCCGCUGGCACAGGGCAGUCAAUGUGACGCAGAAGCGCCACGCUAUUGUCUCUGCGAUCGCAGCUACGGCCGUUCCGUCUUUGGUGCUUGCUCGUGGACAUAAGAUCGAGGAAGUUCCUGAGUUGCCUCUUGUUGUCUCUGAUUCUGCCGAGGCUGUUGAGAAAACUAGCGCCGCGCUUAAAAUCCUGAAGCAGGUCGGUGCUUUCCCUGAUGCCGAGAAGGCGAAGGAUAGCGUUGGAAUCCGUCCUGGAAAGGGGAAAAUGCGCAAUAGGCGAUAUGUUUCCAGGAAAGGGCCGCUGAUUGUGUACGGAACUGAGGGUGCGAAGCUUGUGAAGGCUUUCCGAAACAUCCCUGGCAUCGACAUUGUCCAUGUUUCUCGCCUUAAUCUCCUCAAGCUCGCUCCAGGAGGUCAUCUUGGAAGGUUUGUUAUUUGGACCAAAUCCGCAUUCGAGAAAUUGGAUGAAGUUUAUGGCACAUUUGACAAGCCUUCUGAGCAGAAAAAGGGGUAUGUUUUGCCGAGGGCGAAAAUGGUGAAUGCUGAUCUGGCCAGAAUCAUAAACUCUGAUGAGGUGCAAUCUGUUGUAAAACCGAUCAAGAAGGAAGUGAAGAGAGCUACACUGAAAAAGAAUCCAUUGAAGAACCUCAACGUGAUGAUGAAGCUCAACCCCUAUGCAACGGCUGCAAAGAGAAUGGCACUAUUGGCGGAGGCCCAGAGAGUUAAGGCUAAGCAGGAAAAGCUUAGCAAGAAGAGAAAGCAAAUCUCUAAGGAGGAGGCAACUGCAAUCCAAUCUGCAGGAAAGGCAUGGUACAAGACUAUGAUUUCUGACAGCGAUUAUACAGAGUUUGAGAACUUCUCAAAAUGGCUUGGUGUUUCACAGUGAUUCAGUUCUGUUUUGGCCGUUCAGAGAUCUUGUUUUCCUUUGAAUACCUUUUAGUAUGGAGUUUAUUGCACGUGUUAAAACCUUGUCAUUUUUGUGCCAAUUUUAAGUUGUUUCAAUGUUUAUUGGUCACCACACGUGAACCAGGCUUUUCCUUGAAGAGAGUUUUGUUACUUGUCUUAUGCGCACAUCUAUCUUAUAUAUUGCCAAAUUUCUAAGCUGGUUUGCUGCAA